AUGUCGAAGCCGCAGGCCGAGCAUGUGAAACGACCCAUGAACGCUUUUAUGGUGUGGUCGCGAGGCCAGCGACGAAAAAUGGCUCAGGAGAAUCCGAAAAUGCACAAUUCGGAGAUCAGUAAACGCCUCGGUGCUGAAUGGAAACUUCUCUCGGAAGAAGAGAAGCGACCAUUUAUUGACGAGGCGAAACGUCUACGGGCCCUGCAUAUGAAGGAACACCCCGAUUACAAAUACCGGCCACGGAGAAAACCCAAAUCGCUACUGAAAAAAGACAACAAAUAUGCAUUUCCCCUACCGGUCAUUCCAACAAUGAAUGCCACUUUCGGAACCAUGCCGUCAUUCUCACCAAGCGCCCAGACAGAGUCCAUACUCACGUCAAAUUUUGGAGAGAAAGCUCGCGGUUUUUUUUACCCCCAACGUCCACGACACACGCCCUCUAUUCACACCUUGCAGAGAAUGCUGCCAAAAUGGACAGUCCGCUUAAUCUUCGGCCACACGAACUUAACGGGGCAGUAUCUAUCUAUCUAUCUAUCUAUCUAUCUAUCUAUCUAUCUAUCUAUCUAUCAUUGA